AUGUCCGAGCCUGCUAAGUAUUCGGAGAAAGGCUUCAGUGGAGCCCGCAGACAUAUUGCUACAGCUACAGCUGCAUCUACAGCUACAGCCACUAUUGAGGCAGUUCAACAGGUGCCCACCCUCCCAAGCAUCGUAUUAUCCUCAGGAUCGCCUCAUCACAAUUCAUUGUCCACGUUUCUGGAGUACGCCGGCCGCGUCAACCUCGCGCCCACGCGGUCGUUAUAUAUCGGAACGCACUAUGAGUACACUUCGGCGCUGGCGCUGCUUCGACUCGGCUUCUCACUCACCCGCACCGGUCGAGCCGGUGACGCAGGCAUUGACUUGAUCGGCCAUUGGACCUUGUCUCAAUUUCCCGUACCCCUCCCUGUCUUCGCGCAAUGCAAAGCCCGCAAUGCCAAUGUACUCUGCUCACCAAGGCAUAUAAGGGAACUCGAGGGCUCCUUCCAGGGGCUGCCUGCGGCGUGGAGGAACAAGGAUGUUUUGGGACUCCUGAUCACUUCACGUCGCGCUACGAAUGGGGUGCUCGAAGCACUUAGAAGGAGUCGGUGGCCCAUGGGUUUUCUCAACAUCUCGCGGACCGGGGCCAUUGAGCAGUUCAAGAGGCGAUGGAGCAGGUCAUAUCCCGAUGCCGGCACAGUGAACGACAUACAAUUGACGUGGAUGGGCGAGCCCAUCUUCCCGGUCCGCGAUGGCCUGGUUGAGGAGACCUUACCACUGGCGGAUCCACCUGCUGCAGAUCUCGAGGAGGAAGCGGCCAACGCAUCAGGCAGCAAGGUCGCGCCUGAUAUGAAAUAUAAGUCCACAAGAGCAGCCGCGCGCAAGGUGUCAACAAAGCCUAAUUGUGCUGAUAAGAAGGCUGUGCCCGUCAAGCGACCGAGGGGUCGACCACCGGGAUCCAAAAAUCUGAUAACUGUGGCUUUGGAAGGCCCACGGAAGCCCGGACGCCCGAAGGGAUCGAAGAAUAAGACUACGAUAGGCAAAGCCUGA